AUGACUGAACACCCCUAUUUUUCUACGCUAGAGUUGCUCGUGCACCGCUCAUCCGCCUGGCGGCGAUUUCCAUUCCAUUCACAAAAACAUACAGAUGAGGUGUACGAGGACGAGCACGACAGAGAAGACUACUUUGCCGGAGAGGGUUUGCGCGAUGAGGAGGAAGAGCAGGCGGAGUUAGAGGGAGAGGACCUCUACGAAGAUGAGACCGGCUUCGUCGUGGGUCAGCGCGACUUGGAAAGGGAGUUGCAGGGAUUCGCAAAGCUCGGUAUAGACAACGUGAAUGAAUAUGACCAGGACCUUUUGGACGACGAAGUGUACGAGGACGACCCCAAAGCCAGGAGGGCGGCGGAACGUAGGAUGCAGUAUGAAGCUCGUAUGAGGUCCAGAGAUGCUGAAGUUGACCGUUCGGUCCACCAGAGGCUCUGGAAACGCAUCAUGAAUAUGGAAGAUGACGAUGUUGAUGAGAAUUUGUUUGAAAGAAUUUCUGAAAGGGUCGCCAAGAGAAGAACGGAUCUUGCAGGCUCUGAUGCCGAUGCUCCAGAUAUUUCAAUGCUAGAGGGAGCAAAGGCUAUACUUCACUCAACACCCAGUGAAGUACAUUUUGAUGAAAAGUACCAGCAGGCUGUCGAUUGCUGUUUCCGCUACUUUUUGUAUCGCUUCAAGAUUAAUGAUUCCGCAGACGGCUACUACUAUGUAAACAAGAUUGGAACAAUGAUUAGGGAGGAUAAAUGUACUCUACGCAUUGCGGCUCAACAUUUGCUCCAGUUUCAUUGUGAAAACGUGGUCACAUGGCUGGAGUUCCGCCCUUGCGAUAUUCUUCCAGUUUUACACGACUGCUUGACCUUUGAGGCACAUAGAAUGCGUCCAGACCUCUAUGCAGGCAGAUACUGCAAGGUUGCAAUUACAGAUUGGCCAUUUACGACACAAUUGAGUCACUUGAGAUCAUCGGAGCUUAAUACACUUAUUAGGGUCUCUGGUAUUGUUAUCAGAAGAGGAGCCGUGCUUCCACGGCUCCGUGUGCUUUAUCUCAAGUGUAACACAUGCGACUCUCACCUUUCGGAACUUCCAAUAUAUUUCUCAGAUACUAUAGCGCCAGUAUUCCCUAAAAAGUGCCCAUACUGCCACGCUGGAGGUUUCACUGUUGACAGAAUAAAUACUGUCUAUACGGAUUACCAAAAGUUGAUUAUUCAGGAACCACCAAGCACAGUUCCUGCCGGAAGAACCCCAAGACAACGCAAUGUUAUUCUCACUGGUGAUUUGGUAGAUUCUGUAAAACCAGGAGAUCUAGUGGACGUCCUUGGUAUCUACAAGACCAGAUAUGAUGUGGGUCUAAACAUAAAGCAUGGAUUCCCCGUGCUUCAUACAGAGCUAGAGGCCAACAAUAUUGAGAGACAAGAUGAUACCCUCUCAUUUGACAUUACAGAGGAAGAUAUUGCGGAGAUUAAAAAGUUGGCUGCGGAUCCUUGCAUCAGGGAGAGACUUAUAAGCUCCGUUGCACCUACCCUUUGGGGACACAAGAGCGCCAAGGCAGCCAUUUGUUACGCUCUCUUUGGAGGUGUGCAAAAGGGAAGUUCUAGUUUUGGCUUCAUGGGAUCCUCUGAUGAUAAUAAUUCACACAGAAUUAGGGGAGAUAUUAAUGUUUUGUUGGUUGGCGAUCCAGGCCUAGGAAAGUCACAGCUUUUGCAGUAUGUGCACAAGACCGGACACAGGACCGUUUUGACCACUGGAAAGGGUGCAUCUGCUGUUGGUCUCACGGCUAGUGUUCGCAGAGAUCCCAUCACUAAUGAGUGGUGCCUGGAAGGUGGUGCCCUUGUGCUUGCAGAUGAGGGUUUCUGCGUUAUUGAUGAGUUUGAUAAAAUGACUGAUAAGGAUCGUGUGAGUAUACACGAAGCUAUGGAACAGCAAUCCAUUUCUAUUUCAAAGGCUGGUAUCGUAGCCACCCUGAGAGCACGUUGCUCUGUCAUUGCGGCAGCCAACCCCAAGUUUGGUCGUUAUGAGCCAAGCUACACAUUUAAGGAGAAUGUAGAUUUUAAUGAUCCAAUUCUGAGUCGUUUCGAUCUCAUUAUAGUCUUGUGUGAUAUUCCAAACUUGGAGGAGGACUCCUUGUUAUCAGAAUACGUUAUCACAAACCAUCAAUUAUUACAUCCAAGAUUGGAUAACGUGGAUAACUACCAUGCUGUUUUGCAGAGAUUGCAGAGGACAAUUAUGGCCUCAUCAGUUUGUGAACCAAUCAAUCAGGAUCUGUUUAAAAAGUAUGUUUACUACGCAAGGCGCAAUAUUCACCCUGAAGUUGCUCCAGAGUGUUACAAGGAAAUUGAGGGAAAACUCAUUGGAUUUUAUAGCAGAAUUAGGCAAAACUCAUCCUUGGGUGGUUACCCACUGACGUUGAGGCACGUAGAAACUGUGAUUAGGAUUGCGGAGGCGAAUGCAAAGAUGAGACUCAGCAAUAGAAUUUUGUCUCAGGAUGUUGAUCUCGCGAUUGCAAUUCUCCUAGAGUCUUAUAUUUCAAGUCAAAAGUAUUCCGUUGCUACAAGACUCAGCAGAGAGUUUUCAAGAUACCGCACUUUGUUUGCUGGAAGCGACGAUGUGUUGUCUCGAUUGCUCAGAGGAGCUUUACAGCAACAGGUUGAAAAGAGCACCAGACAGGCCCAAGCCAGGGAGAUGCACCGUGCAGAUAAUGCUGAAGAUGGAGCGGCAGAUGACACUGAAAGGACACACGCAUUCUUGCCUUGCAAUAUAUUCUUGCGCAUUGCAUCAAAGUACAAGUUUGAUAAGGACCGUGUUGAGAGGUGGAUGUACUCGUCGCACUUUAAUGAGCAAUUUUCCAUAAAGACACACGAUGGUGUUGAGGGAAUUGUAUUGAGAAGAUUUAAUGUUUUUUAG